CAAAUUAUGUUUCAGAUCCUUAUUCUUCUUCUAUCUCCGGCGGUAAUAUGUGCACAGCGACAUCGCAAGAGUACAAAUCCCAACGAUGAGCCUUUUUUACCAAUCCAUCCAGAUUAUCCAUACAGUCCCAAGUUAAUGAAACGCGGCCUAGAGAAUCAACAGCAGCAACCACUGCAGCAGCAAAUUCAAUCACAAACCUACGCCCAAUUAACCCCAGAACUUUACGCUCCCAAGGUUGACGCGCGUGACGCUUACACGCCGAGUUACGCACAAAACCCUUCUUAUUAUACCAACUACGACCCUUUAAGUAAAAUUACAACUGCAGCCUCGUCAACGCCCAAUGCUUUAAGUAUUUCGCCAUACUACCAGUCACCUUAUUCUUCGUACAAUACUAAUCCCUACUCCCUUUUAGGUUCUUACACUUCCCCUUUCGGACCUACAGCUGCUAAUUAUGCUGCUGCAGCUACUCCAAGUUUCGGAGCGUCGCCAUACGCUAGCUCCGGAGCUUAUAAUAAUUACUAUUACCCACAACCACCUUACUACUACCCUAAUUACUACGGUCAACCACCUUAUCCACCACCUCCCCCAGGGUAUCCUGGUAGUCCACCCAAACAUCCAUAUGACGAUUAUGACGAUGAAGAAGAAUAUGAAAAACGGCGUGAGAAAAAUAGCAAGAAAAGUGGGCAUCACAAAAAUAGGUUGAGACACUCCGACAGAGAUAAUCAAUACGUCGAUGGUGCCAACUAUAUCGUUUCUAGUGCGAAGGAUCUGGAUAGUGAAUCAAGCACUCACCGUACACCAGUUCAUUAUAAUAAAAUUGAAGACUCGGACGUUCAACCACGAAACACAAACUUACCAAAAGCAACUUACAGACUCCUUGGGGUGUCCAAUCAACAGUCAGAUUUCAAUUCUUCACCUCUUGGUUACAUUAAAGUACAGCAAUUGGAACAGCUUAUGCGACAAGCUUUAGCAAAACUUUUAGCUCAAAAUGCUGCGCAUCAAGCAAACCUUGCACAAAUUCAACAGGAAGCAAACCAACAACUUAUUCCUAAAGAAUCAGCUCAACAAUAUAUCUCUGUACCAUCAGGCAUCGCUAAGACGGGCCUGAGUUACGUUGUCAAUCCAACAAUCCUCAAUAGAGUCAACGCGGGCCAGUAUAAUCCAAGUCAACUUAUACAAACGCAGUCGAACAAACCUUACGCUCAGAAAACGUCAACCAGCGUAACCUUGCAACACUCACCUGGAAUUUACAUUCCACCAAUCAAAUCUACUGAUCAGUCUACUCCUCCGGAGUACGGUGAUUAUGAUUCGCCUGACAGUGCGACAAACAGGAGUCCGUCUACUGUUGAGCCUACGCAUUAUCCUUAUUCAACAUAUCGUCCGACGCAACAAACAAGUCUUGAGGACGUUAACUUUGGUACUAAACAAAAAACGAAAAGCUAG